AUGCUUCCGACUGCUGUACUCGCCCUCUGCGCCAUCGCCAUGGCUGCGCCUCUGCCGAACCCCCAGGCUGUUCCAUUCAUUGACAUCAAUGCCAACAACAACAAAUUGGACUUUCCAAUUAACGUCCUCGGUUUCCAAACCCACGAUAUCUCGGCGGCGAAUGGCAACCUGUCUCCGAACCAGGCUUCAGUGCCAGCUGCACAGUCUCCGGCCCCAGCAGUGGCGGAACCCCCCGCACCAGCUGCAGAGUCUACGAAUGAAAAGGGCAUCAACGGCAACACGCUAAAUUUCCCGAUCAACGUCCUAGGCGCCCAGACACACGAUAUCGCGGCUUUCAACGGCAAUGGGUCUCCAAACCGGGCCCAGGCGCCAGCAGCUCAGGCCCCGGUGCCGGCAGCUCAGGCCCCGGUGCCGGUAGCUCAGGCCGUCAAGGCUCAAGGCGGUUCGAAGAACGGAAGUUAUGUGAUUCCAUCAACGGUGACUGCGGUUCCGGUAGCGGCGGCUGCUCCGAACGCACUCAUGGGAGCUGUUAGUGGUAUGACCGCCGCAUUAUACAACUUGGCUAGCGCCAUCACGAGUGCUACAGGCGGCAAGGCCUAG